AUGUGGGAAACGUAUUGCACGGUGCUGGACAUACUCAAGAGCAACUCGAAGCUGGAGGUGCUGUACAAGGUGACAGCUAUGCAGACGUUUGACUUUCGUGCUGAGUACCAGCGCAAGAUUGUGUUCCGGCGAUUGUGUGAGAUCAUGCGCAACCACACGAGUGCCUUGCAGAAGCAUGUAGCAACACAAGCCAGUCGACGCGCCAGAUGUGCAGCUGAGAUGGUUGUGCGCCCGAAAGUGUGGAGAUUAUGCUUGAAGUGCGCUACCGUCAGCUUCAAGUUGCCACGGACCUUGAGCUCUUGUCGGAAGCUUUUCGCACUAUUGACGACAUUAACGACAAUUUAA